AUGCAAAAUGUAAAUAACAGAACUCUUAUUGAAGAGCUUGAUAAGCUUCUUGAGCAAUUGAGUAUCCCUUCUGAGUAUUCAGCAUGUUUGACAGGAGAUUCAUUUGUUGAAGCACAAUUGCAGCAAAAUAUAGAAGCAUGUGAAUGGUUGACAACUGCCAUGCGAGGACUAGAAGUUCCCAACAUAGAUCCUACUUACGCAAAAAUGAGAGCAGUUAAAGAGAAGCGAGGAGAACUUCAAAUAAUAAAGUCUACUUUUGUUGGGAAAGCUUGUGAAUACUUGAGAAAUUACUUUGCUACUUUUGUGGACUUCAUUAUGAAUGACAAAAAUUACUUUUCUCAGCGAGGACAGUUGAAAAGACCAGAUCAUUCUGACUUGAGGUUCAAGUGCAGGACAUAUGCACGUCUUCUUAAGCAUUUAAAGGUUCUUGAUAAGAAUUGUCUGGGCCCACUGAGAAAAUCUUAUUGCAGUUCUCUAAACUUGCUUCUUCGCAGGGAGGCCCGCGAAUUUUCUAAUGAACUUCGUGCUGGUGUGAAAACUUCUAAAACCCCAUCUGUCUGGCUUGAAGUCUUCACGGGGUCUGGUCAAAAUGUAAAUCCUACUGACACUGCAACAGUUUCUGAAGCAUAUGCAAAGAUGCUCGCAAUUUUUAUCCCACUUCUGGUGGAUGAGAGCUCAUUUUUUGCACACUUUAUGUGCUUUGCAAUUCUUUCAACAGCUGAUGGUAAUAAAGCUAUACACAAUAGCAUGGAUAAUGAUGACGAGGAUGGUAGUACAUUUGGUAAAACUGCUGUGGAUCUUGUAGCGUUAAAUGAAUGUCUUCAGGAUUUGCUUGAUGGAAUUCAAAAUGGUGUAACAAAUGAUAAUUCAGAUAUACUUCAUGGAGGGGAAAAAGAGCUUCAUGGCCACGUGAUAGAAGAGCCGAAAGGUGUGGUGGAAAUCAGAAAAGGCACUCAACCCAAGAAAACUAACUCAUGGCUGAAGGAUUGCGUUGGGGAAUUAAUUAGUAUAAAGCAAGUGGUUGGGGGAGAGAGAAAAUAUGGAUGGAUUGAUUUGGAACCUCUAUCCCUUUGGGAAGACUUCUAUGGUGUUGUGGAUUGGGCAUAUAAGAUUGAUCCUUUAUGCUGCAUAUCAAUGCAUGGAACUACAGAACGCUACCUCUCUGGUCAGAAAGGUGACGCAGCAGGAUAUGUACGCCUUUUGCUUGAUGAACUAGAGUCUCGCAUAUCUAUCCAAUUCAGCCGAUUUGUGGAUGAUGCUUGCUAUCAGAUUGAAAGACAUGAACGGAAUGCUCGCCAAACAGGUGUCCUACCAUACAUUCCUAGGAUAGGUUACUUUGGGUUCUCUAAAUUGCAUGAUGUAAAGGUGACUCCAAUUCUAUUUGGUAUACAUCUAUUUGCAUCCCUUGCAACACGGAUGGAGCAGUUCAUUGCAGGACAGUCGAGGGAUUUGGUUGACCAAGCAUACACAAAAAUUAUCCUUUUGGGACAAAAUUCCUCCAAAUUUUUGGACUUUUCUAUUCUAGCACUUCCCUUGCAUGUGACAGCUUUGGAGAUAGUAGAUGGCGCUUGGAAUAAUGUGUUAUCAGCCCUGUUAUCUGCUGUUCAAGUAGUCAGCAUAAUGUUUGUAACUUUGGAAAAAAAUGCACAAGCAGAUCCGAAGUAUGCAGAUAUUUUUCUUAUAGAAAACUAUGCCGCAUUUCAGAAUAGUUUGUAUGACCUUGCAAAUGUUGUGCCCACUCUGGCGAAGUUUUAUCAUCAAGCUAGUGAAGCCUACGAGCAUGCUUGUACACGCCAUAUUAGUAUGAUUAUCUACUAUCAAUUUGAACGCCUUUUCCAGUUUGCUCGAAAGAUCGAGGACUUGAUAUUGAAUAACGUUGCACCUGAAGAGAUUCCUUUCCAAGUUGGGCUGUCAAAAGCGGAUCUACGGAAGACGUUAAAGUCCAGUUUAUCUGGGGUGGACAAGUCCAUUGCUGCGAUGUAUAAGAAGUUGCAGAAAAACUUGACUUCGGAGGAACUGUUACCUUCCUUAUGGGAUAAAUGCAAGAAGGAUUUUCUUGAUAAGUACGAAACUUUUGUCCAACUUGUCGCCAAGAUAUACCCUGCUGAGUCAGUCCCUUCUGUAGUGGAGUUGCGAGACCUUUUAGCUUCCAUGUGGCACGAGCUUGCGGCACAAAUGAAGGAUGACGUGGAAGUACGAUGGUUGUGGCAAUAUGGUAUGGAGGCGGAGACAGACAAUAUGAGAUUAGCACAUUGUGUUGGGUUGCAUGGUAGGAUGCGGAGAGGGCAUUCAUGA